AAAUAGACUAGGAAAAUAUGGGACUCUUGAGGGCAGUAGGAUUUUUCCAUGGAAGCAUGUUCUUAUUUAGUGUCAUGGUAGGGUCAGGAAUCUUUUUGUCUCCUAAAGGGGUUUUAAAAUAUUCCUCACUGAAUAUCCCUGUUUCCUUGGGUAUUUGGGGAAUUGCUGCCCUUCUAAAAAUGAUGAAUGCUGUCUGUCUUGCAGAGCUGGCAACCACUUUUCCUGUGAGUGCAGCACCUUACUAUUUCCUGAAAAGAUCUCUUGGAUCUUCUUUUGCUUUCCUCAAUCUUUGGAUAAACAUAUUUGGAUAUUCCUUGGGAAUAAGUGCUCAAAGCUUGCUGAUAGCAGGUUGUCUACUCCAACCUUUCUAUCUUGGGUGCCAAGCUCCAGAGCUACCAAAGAAAUGUCUGGCUUUGGCUGUCUUGUGGUCACUUGGAUUUCUCAAUGCCCGAGGAGUGAUUACAGUGUCUUGGUUUAACACUAUCAGCAGUCUCAUGAAGAUGGUUGUUCUUUGUUUCAUUUGUAUCACUGGGGUUGUACUGUUAGUGAUUGGGAAAAGAGAAAAUAUAUCCAGGUUUGAGAAUGCUUUGGAUGCUGAAUUACCUGAUGCCUCACAAAUUGCAGAAGCUAUUCUCCAAGCAUCUUUUGCAUAUUCGGGAUCAUCUCUCCUGCUCGUCUUAGCAGGAGAAGUAAAAAAUCCUGCUAAGACAAUUCCAAAAUCUUUUAUUUUUGGUAUGUCUACCGUGGCUGUGUUAUACAUAUUGACUAAUGCAUCCUACCUGGCAGUUUUGUCACCUCAAGAAAUCAUCUCUUCAGAUUCUGUUGCUGGCACAUGGAUGAACAAAGUCUUUCCUUCCAUGCAAUGGGUCAUUACUUUACUGAUCUCAGUUUCAUUGAUAAACAAUACUGCUUGUGGAAUACUUUCAGCAUCAAGGAUUUUCUACACUGCCAGCCAAGAAGGACAGCUGCCUUUCAUCUUCUCUAUGCUUAACAAUCACCACUGUCCAGUUGCAGCUAUCUCCAAGAUAAUAAUUUUUUCUUCUAUUGCAGUAAUUCCUUCAAGCUUAGUGAAUUUAAUAAAAUAUUUGAUGUUGUCAUCCUUUGUUUUAACUGAGCUAUAUAUGAUAGCUUUACUUAAACUGAGGUAUCAGGAGCCCCAUCUACAUAGGCCUUACAAGGUGUGGUCACCAUUGAUAUUUGGGUCGAUGUCAACUUCUUUGUUUUUAAUUGUCUUACCAAUGAUCAAGACUCCCACAAUGGAGCUUAUUUACCAGGCCAUAUUUUUUUUAAGUGGAUUUCUGUGUUACUGGCUUCAUACUUAUCUUAAUCAACGUUAUGGGUUUUUUGAUAAAAUCACUUGUUAUUUGCAAUUGCUAUUUAAUGUUUCCCCAACUGAAAAGAGUGAUAGCAUUUUUAUGCAGUAG